AUGGCAGGAGAGAACUACACCAAGUUCACCAUCCCCAUACAUCAAAUCUUAGCCCAAGUGAAAGACAAACCUUGGGUAAGAAGACCGCCACCCUUGAAAGGAGAUCCAAACAAGAGGGAUACUAGCAAAUACUGUGCCUUUCAUGGGACGCACGGACACACGAUGAACAACUGCUUUACCUGGAAAGCGCACCUUGAAGAACUCGUGAGAGGAGGUCACUGCAUGGAAUUCAUUGCAAAGCAGGCCAUCCGAUGGAUUGAGGAUCGUGACACCGCCAAGGAGCCACCUCAGAAGGUCAUAAGGAUUAACACAAUCCUAGCUGAUUCCGAGGAAUCUGGGCUGACCAGCAAGAAAAAUAAGAGAAAGAUCAAACCGACCACUGUGAUCUCCCAAGUCUCAAUCGACCUUCCAUCGACAGAAGACGAUCCUAUGAUCGGCUUCCAAAAGAAAGAUCUGAUCGGCCUCAACAUGCCACAUAAUGAUGCUCUUGUUGUCAGCAUUCAAAUUGCCUAG